GAAGCUCGAAUGCAUUCGACUCUUGCCACGUGCACCCGGCCGGCCAAUAGGCACUGGUCACGUGAUUCGCCCGGAGGCGUCUUUCCUUUUCGCGUGAGCCAUCGAGGUUAAGGCCGGGAGCAAUGGAGGAAUAUGCCCGGGAACCUUGCCCCUGGCGGAUUGUGGAUGACUGUGGUGGUGCAUUUACUAUGGGAAUAAUUGGUGGGGGUGUCUUUCAAGCAGUCAAAGGCUUUCGCAAUGCUCCAGUGGGUGUCAGGCAUCGAUUCAGAGGCAGCAUCAAUGCUAUCAGAGUCAGAGCACCACAGAUUGGAGGGAGUUUUGCAGUGUGGGGUGGGCUUUUUUCUACCAUUGACUGUGGUCUAGUGAAGAUGCGAGGUAAAGAAGAUCCUUGGAAUUCCAUUACCAGUGGGGCACUCACUGGGGCUGUGUUAGCAUCACGCAGUGGGCCAUUGGCCAUGGUGGGCUCUGCUAUGAUGGGAGGCAUCUUGCUUGCCCUGAUAGAAGGUGUGGGGAUUUUGUUGACAAGAUACACAGCCCAGCAGUUCCAAAACCCUAAUCCCUUUGGAGAAGAUCCUAGUCAACUGCCUCCCAAAGAUGGUUCACCGCCUACAGGAUUUACAGGCUAUGGACAUUAUCAGUGAGCCAGUGUGGGGCCUGGAUCACUUCUAUUUUUAGAAUCGGGCAAGAUUUUUUCCCCUUGAAAAUAAGACAUUCACCCAAGAGUGCAAGCAAAGCAUGGAGGGGAUUUGGUUCUUAGAGUUAACUUUUAGGUUUGGCGGAGGGGAGGGGCAAGGAAAACAUGGUUGGGGGUUUGAGCUGUAUAAUAUCUACCUCUGUGAGGGAUUAAGAAGCUUGCAGUGAUGCAGUGAGGUGCCCCAGGAUUAAUUCCAUACGAUGACGGAACCAACGCUUAUCAGGAGAACUUGGAAUCCUAGGAUGAUAUUUGCCUGAAGAACUGGGGUGUGCAAUUACAAUUAAUUGACUAUGGCAAAUUUUAAAGGGCUGUUUUCCUGACUUUCUGACGGAAGGACUCCUCCAAUUUUCUCUGUUUGAUGGGAACGCCUCUUAAGUUACCUUUUAAAAACCUGUAAACCAAGAAAUGUGUUUUCCCAGACCUUGGAUGAAAGAGUUAUUGUAGCAAGGGGAAACUGCCACUCUAGCAGUGAUGAUAUUCUGUGAUAAGUUUCUUCAUUGUAGGUCAGAUCCCCGUGUGCUGUUGAGCCAGAAUAAGAGAUGCUGCUACAUUGAAUCCUCACCCCUUUCUUUCAUUUAAUAGUACUGUUGUUGCUGGUUGCUUAGGUUUAAAAAAAAAAGACAACGAAGAGGGAAUGACGAUGGAUCAAAACAGGGUUUGUGGCCUUGACUCACCUUAAAAGGCUGGGUAGAUCUCCCUUGGAAUUAAGUUUUAUUCCAAUAAAAUGUUGUGUCAGUUCCAUCUUCAGAAGAACUAACCAGGACAGACUGGCAGAACAGAGAGUGUGCUUCAGUCUCUUAGUUGCCUAAAAAGCCAUCUAGGAUAUUGAAAUAGUGCUCUGGUUAUAGAUACCAAACAAUCCAAAGCCCUUUGGGGAUCUAAAUUGACAUUGCUCCUCCUGCCCCUGCCAAGCCACCUCUAACCUGGCAAUAUAAUUUUAGUUCCAGUUUUAUGCGCUUGGCCUUUGUGGGCUAAGAACUUCAAUUCAGAAUUCAAAAGGCCUAUUAAGAUAGGAUUAAAGUUUUACAGACCUAGUAGUCCAUUUUCUCCAGCUUGAAGAUCUUCUAAUGGUGUGGCAAUUUGUAUUUCAAUAUCAUUGUAAAGAAAGACACUGUAUCGUGUUACAGAUGUAAAUACAAAACUGCCUUUUUUCCA